AUGGUCGACCUCCUGCCCUCCCUGGGCGAAAAAUGGGACAACGUCCCCAACGGUUCCUUAUUCGACCAAAAUCGGCCUGCAGUGGCGCCGACAAUAUUUUUUGGUGAUUUGAAAAGUGAAAAUUUGACACUGAGUGAAAUAACUUUGUUCGAAGGAUAUCCCGAUUGGUUAUUGGAAUUGGCAGCAUGUUCCUGCCUGCUGUUCGCCCUGAUCGGGAUUCCUGGUAACCUGAUCACCAUCGCGGCUUUGGCCAGAUGCAAAAAGGUUCGAAAUGCGACAGCAGUCUUCAUAAUGAAUUUAUCCCUAUCCGACUUACUUUUUUGCUGCUUUAAUUUACCUUUGGCCGCCAGCACAUUCCGAGAACGAGCGUGGCAUCAUGGGACAGCGAUGUGCGUUUUAUUCCCAUUACUCAGAUACGGCCUAUUGGCAGUAUCCCUAUUAUCAGUAUUGGCCAUAACUGUCAAUAGAUACGUCAUGAUAGGACAUCCGAGAUCAUACCCGAGAUUGUACAGAAAUCGCAAUCUGGCGCUGAUGUGGGGUGGGACGUGGGUCUUUGGAUUCGGAGCAUUGUUGCCCACACUUUUUGGAAUUUGGGGCCACUUUGGAUUAGAUGCGCAUGUUGGAUCAUGUUCUAUUUUACCAGGUGAAGACGGUAGGUCACCUAAGGAAUUUUUAUUCGUGACAGCUUUUGUGGUACCUUGUAUCAGCAUCAUCGUGUGUUAUGCAAGAAUUUUCUGUAUUGUACGAAGGGCUGCAAUGAGGGCCCAGCAGCAGGGCGACUCAGGGCUGGGGGGCGAGGCAGCAGUCGAUCGGUCAUCAGCCUAUGAAUCUGACGCAGGGGAGCACAACCCGAGCGCCAUUUACCCAGCAACCCCGGAUAACGGAGUUGGCCAAAUGGGGUUCCAAAAUGAAGAAACCCACAACCACCAUUUUGGAGGUUACGAAUUAGUUGCUCCUCAAGAGACUUAUGAAAAUGUCAAAAUCGAGGAUGGAGGGAACAAAAUCAGCUAUUCUUUGCAGCAGAAUGGAUAUGGGGGUUAUGACAUGCAAAGGGAUGGAGGAGCACCCAUAGGUGCGAUAAGUAAAAUGUCAACAGUAAGUUUACCGGAUCCUCAUCUUCUAUCACCGAUUGCCGAUAGCAAUAUUUACAAUCACAAUCACAAUCAGAGGGAACAGGAGAGCUCAUCAGGGAUUGAAAGCUCUGUAGACCAGGACGAGAUGAAUGACCAAAACAAUGAAGAACCACCAGCACCACCAAAAAUUGCAAACCAAAACAUUCGCAAAUUCCAAUCUCAGAAAAGCUACGGUUCGCCAAGGUCUGAAAGAAGUUUUGCUUCGGUUCCUGCAGUUUUACGAAAAAGCAAAAGAUACUUAAGACCAAAUGCUCCAGAAAGACGAUCCAUCAUAACGACAUCAACUUCAUCAUUGAGACAUCCAGGAAAAAUGUCUGCUAAGGAUAAGAAAUUAUUAAGGAUGAUUCUGGUUAUAUUUUUGUCAUUUCUAAUAUGCUACUUACCGAUAACGAUUACUAAAAUAUUUAAGAUGGCCAGUAAUUAUCAAGUCCUGAACAUUUCUGGAUAUCUUCUCAUAUAUUUGACGACAUGUAUGAAUCCAAUUAUUUAUGUUGUAAUGAGCUCAGAAUAUCGUCAGGCUUAUAAAAAUCUUCUAAUGUGUCGAGGAUGUUUCAAAGAAAAAUUACAAAGAGGAGCAACCACAAGGCGAACAAUCAAAGCGUGA